AUGAGAACUUACACUUUUGCUCUCUUGGCUCUGGCCACUGGUGCUCUGGCCCACGGCGGCGGCGGCGAGGGCGGCGGUGACCACGGCCACCCGCCGCCACCUCCUCCCGACUGCACCGAUGACCAGCCGGCGCCGACGUACCCGGCCGAGACCACAUACUACACCGUCUCGACCACCACGACCGAGUGCGAGGAGAGCUCCACCGCCCCGGUAGAGACAUACCCUACCUAUACCGAGAUCAGCAGCACCGCCCCGGUCGAGACGUACCCGACCUACAGCGCCAGCACCCCGGUGGAGCCCUAUCCUACCUACACCGAGAUCAGCACCGCCCCCGUGGAGACGUAUCCCACCAUCUCGGAGACGUACCCCGCGGAGACCACGACGACGAGCGUGACCCUGCCCUCGGAGACGUACCCGGGCACGUACCCGGUCGAGACCACGUCCUCCACCGAGGCCGUCUCCUCGUCGUCUUCGUACCCCGUGGUCCCGUACCCCACCUCGUCCUGGACCACCUCGGCCUCGUACCCCACGACCAAGGUCACGUCGGUCGGCACCACCAGCGUCACGACCACCAAGGCCACCUCGGCCACCGAGGCCGUGCCCACCACCUCGGUCCCCGUCACGGCCGGCGCUGCGGUUCACCACGUCCAGGGUGCCGGAGCUGUCCUGGCUGCCGCUGCUUUUGCCCUUUUCAUCUAA